ACGUGAUCAACAGCAGUGGGGUCACAUGACACUCGCCAGCCAAUAGGAUUGCAGGAGUGGGGCACCUUCAGACAUCAGAGGAAGAGCUCUCAAACUCGUUAUGUUUCGCUUUAUUGCUUGUUUUGUGUGUUUUUAUCGAAUCCAGAUUUCCGGUUCCUGAAGCUCGGUGUGUUCAGAAGCAGCUGCAGGUAUUGAAUGAUGAAUUAUUUGAGGCAGUAAAGUUCACAGGACGAGGAACACAAACAGCAUGUCAUCUAAAUCAUCUCUUCUUAAAGUCAUUCUCCUGGGCGACGGUGGAGUGGGAAAGAGCUCGCUCAUGAACCGCUACGUCACUAACCGGUUCGACGCCCAUCUCUUUCACACCAUCGGCGUGGAGUUCCUCAAUAAAGACCUGGAGGUGGACGGCCGCACGGUCACGCUGCAGAUCUGGGACACGGCGGGUCAGGAGCGAUUCCGCAGCCUGCGGACGCCCUUCUACCGCGGCUCCGACUGCUGCCUGCUGACCUUCAGCGUGGACGACAGCCAGAGCUUCCACAACCUCAACAACUGGAGGAAAGAGUUCAUCUUCUACGCCGACGUCAAGGAGCCCGACAGCUUCCCGUUCGUGCUUCUGGGCAACAAGGUGGACGUGACGGAGAGGCAGGUGACCAGCGAGGAAGCUCAAGAGUGGUGCAGGGAAAGCGGAGGAUACCCGUACUUCGAAACCAGCGCUAAAGACGCCACUAACGUCGCGGUCGCGUUCGAGGAAGCCGUCAGAAGAGUUCUGGCUUUGGAGGAUCGACACGAGCAUUUGAUUCCAACAGACACCGUCAACCUGCAUAGAAAGCCUCGCAGCAGCACAGCAUGCUGUUAACAGACCAGAACGACCUCCAUUAGCUAUUUAAUGGUCCUUGAGUGAAGCGUCUGCGUUAUAUUUGAACAUGCACUCAUAUGCACUUACUCGUAAACACUGGGUUGCUUUCAUUGGGUGGUGUUCUGAAUUUAAAUGAUUCUGUGCAUUCAGAUGUCUUUUAUAUAUAAAUCUGUCCUGAUUUGAGCAGGUUAUUGCAUAGAUAGACUGAUAUCAUUUUGUCUUGCAUGGCGGUCAAAUAGUGAAGAGCAAAUGCAAUAAAUGCACUGCAAAAACUGCCUUGUUUUCCAUUAAAAAUAUCUAAAUGUCCUUAAAACAAAAGGAGUUUACUUGAGGAGCACAGCUGUGUAAGACAACAGCACUUUUUUUUUCCACCUAACAUAUAUUGAAUUUAUUCAUCUUAGCUCAUAGGCAAAUCAUCUUGAGUAAAAAACAUCUUAUUUUAAAAUGCACUAUGUGAAAACAAGUCUGUCACGUGCUGUUUGAUUCUUAAGUAAAUGCUUCUUGUUUUGUUUUUACUGGAAAACAAGAUUUGAAAAUGCUGAUUUUUCUUGCACUGUGCGUUUCAUGUGAUUUUCUUUUCCUGUAACUAUGAUUAACUUAUGCAGGACAGGCGUUCAUACGCUGUGUGAUCAUUUCUAAUAUAUAUUAACAUAAUUGUGUAGCGUGCCAAAUAUAUACACAGUACUUGUACUAAAAAUAUGGAUGAGGUGAAGUGUCUAAGCACGCACUUUGAAAAGAAGCACUAAAAUCUCAAUAUUGUACAUUGUUAAAUCGAUAUUAAAGAAGUAUUGAACAGUA